UCGCGCUCAAUCGCUCUCAGUCCGCGCGAUCCGUCCGUGACCGGAUCCGGAAACCAGGAAAGACACGCGUUUCGGAGUUUGCCCGCGAAGCCGAACCUAGUGAUUUUCCCACUCUUUUCCCUAAUUUCCCCGAGUUUUCCCGGAAGUUCCCCGAGUUUUCCCGCUCUUGAGUGCUCGUGCUGUGAUCAGUGCGCGGUGUUUGUUCUGCGAGUGUAGGGAGUUGCCAAGCGAGAAGAUGCGCCCGCCAAGCCCACCCCGAUUCAACGCCGACAUCGCCAACCAGGAGAACACCGAGCCCAACAUGCCGGCCAUGAUGAUGUGCACUCAGCUUGCCGGCAGAGCGAUCAUUAGGGUUGUCACCCGAUGCAACGAUGCCCAAGAGAACAAUAACUUAGAUUUGUCAGAAUGCCAACUAAUGCAAGUCCCAGAUGCUGUUUAUCACCUGAUGCGCCACACUGAACUGAAAGGAUGCAAUCUGUCUGGAAAUGUCAUCACGAAGAUCCCUCCUAAAUUUGCUGUGAAAUUUUCCCUCAUCACAGACUUAAACCUCUCAAACAAUACAAUGAGUAAACUACCAGAUGAGCUGGCUGAUCUAGCAGCGUUAGAAAGGCUGGACAUCUCUCACAAUGCUUUUAUUGCUUUACCUCAUGCAGUGUACAAAAUGCCAAAAUUAUCAAAGCUUAAUGCCAGUCACAAUCACAUCGUUGAAAUUGAAGUCGAUAGGUUAGAACAGACCGAGUCAUUAGAAGAUGUAGAUCUCCAAGAGAACCCUCUCACAAUGCCGAACCGAAACGCGCUGCAAUUAGUCACCAGGCCUCGCGUAGUCCUCAGCGUAACUGCAGCAGACGCUUCAGAAGAGGACUGGGAUGAUCUCAACGUUUGAAAAAUCAACACAACCUCAAGCUCCUCAUACCUCCUCAUUGAGGCUGCUCGUUUAUCUCAUAUCAUGGUGCCUUAGUCAAAAUACUCACUAGAAGAUUGCUUUUUUUUCAUGUACCUACAUUUUUUCAAUCACUGGAUCCCAACAAUCUACAUUAAUUUUUUGACAUGUCAUGUAGACAACUAUCAGAUGAUGUAUUAGCGGUCCAUACUCACAAGUAAUACUAUCUUCCUGUAGCCAAAACUCAAGCUUUUCUGCUCAUAAUAAGGUACAAGGUAUUCCUUGCAAACUCUGAGAAUUUUACGGUAUCAAGUAACAUAAAUAUUGAUGAGUUCAAGUUGUCGGCUGAUACUCAAAGAGGAGAUAUAUUUUAAGUAUGACCCUUCCUUCGGAAAAUUUUGGUCACACCGCUGUGUGAGGUUCUCAUUGCCAAAGAUCAAAACCCUUUUAAAAAUUAACCUACUUGUGUAAAGAUGGGAUGGGACGCAAGCUGAGAUAAGUUGAAAAGUUUUCGGAGUUGCUUUCCAACUUUUAACUUUAGAAAACUUUGGAAUGUUCAAAUAUAGCCCUUUAUUGAGAAAUAAUAUUAAAAAAGCUUAUCAGGACAUUAUAUGAUAUCAAGGACUUUUCAACUUUUAACAGCUUCUGCCUGUCAAAAACUUUUGAGCAGAAGAAAAGUAAACUCUGUACCAAGAAGUGAGCGAAUGCUGAAUCUUAGUAUCUAACCAAGUCUUAUGUCAAAUCUUAGAUAAAUCUAGUCCAAGACUUAAUUCAACAGCUGAAGAUGAAGCUUGAGCAUUAAGCUUAGUCUCUUAUGCAACAAAUAACAUCCAAUCACCCGACUGGAAUUAAGUAUGAGGACGACAAACAUCUCUAUACUGAGAAAAUCACACAAGUCCCUGCCUAAUGAUUUGAAAUUCACUUUCCGUCAACCUUACUGCCAUCAUUGCUGUACAUCCAAAAGAACCAUAGUUUUUCCUUUCGAAAUGAUGAUAAAUGAAGAAAAUAUAAAACUAAAUUAGAUAUAAAAAAAAACAAACAAACAAAUACUUAAUAUUUUAAAAAGUAAAUGAUGAUCAAAAGAAAAAUGUUCCUGAAAUUCUAACAUCAACAGAAGAGUAAAAUUUGCCUUCUGCUAUUAACUACUUUUGUUCUGCUGUGAUAUAGCUGUAAGUCAUAGAUUUUAAGCACAAUGAAGUUUCACUCCACCCAUCUUACCUUUCUUUUCUACGAUAAUUAAUUCUUGUUCACGGAAAAAUUUUCACCUUUCUAAACUUAUUUAAGGAGGAAAACCUGCAGUCUUCGAAGUAUUAUUUCAGUCAUCGGAGUGCAUUUGAGAUGAACGAUUUUUCUGGGUUCUAGUCAUUACUACCGUAAGGAGAGAUCACUUUGUAUAGGUUCUAUCAUACCGGAUUUGCAUUGUUACUCACAUAAAUUGUAAUUUAAAGUAUGUUAAUUUAUUUGAUAAAAAUUGUUAUAGUGUGGCUCAAAUUGUAUAUAUUUUUUUGAAAAAAAAAAGAAACAAAAAAGGAGAAGAGGAAGAAAAUGAAAGACACGGGAAACAAAUUGUUCAUAUUGAUAAUGGCGGCUGAGGACAUUUUUUAAGUUCCUAAAUUAGACGUACCGCCAAUUUAACCUCUGCAAAGUCAUUUGGGUUUAAUUGAUAAUUGAAUAUUCCAAAAGAGCUGGUAAUUUAAAAAAAAAAAUGUACCAGGCUGAAGUUAUUGAAUCACUCUUCUUUAAGUUUUUCUUGCAUUGAUAAUGAAAACACAGUUGCAAUUAACUGAUGAGACAAACCUGCCUCUCAAAUUUUUCGACCAUGGAGUACUAAAGUUACCAUUUCAGUUACCAGUUUGAACUGAUCUUGCAUCCUAAAUUUUCGUGAGAAAUGUCCUCUAACAUUUGUAAUUUUCUUGCGAGUGGAGAUACAUUUUGACGGUCCAUCUAGCACUGCGCAGUGCAUUUAUUUAAAUACCUCUAAAGAUGCUACAUUUAAAGUAGAGCACCAGUCAAUAGUAAUCGCGAGAAUAAAACUGAGAACCAUAACAAGUACCCAAGAGUUAAAUAAACGAUGGUCUUAUUUUCAAUGUUUUUUGUUUCCAAUUUACAUAGGCAGGGAAACAAUAAUAUAUCAUAAGUCAGCUCUAAAGAACAAACUCAAAUUAUUUGUGAUGUUCAUGCACCUCUCGUGAAAAAAAAAAAAACAACAUCAUUGUUUCAUUCUCCCAAAUUGUUAUCAUAGUUUGUGCUACAAAUGUAUCAUGUUUUGUGUAAGAAGUUCAUUUUACUAAUAUUAUUUUAUACUUCAUCAAUUGUGUUUUUUGUACGACUAAUAAAAUAUUUUUAAAAGUUAAAA